AUGGAAGCUCAUUAUCAUGCAAUGAAUCCAUAUCAUAAUGCCACUCAUGCUGCCGACGUUUUGCAGGCGACUUCUUAUUUUCUUGAUUCUCCAACAGUUGCUCAUCAUGUACAGGAAACUCACGCUACUGCGGCACUGAUUGCAGCUGCUCCGCUUGCAAUGCUCUACAACGACCAGUCAGUGUUGGAGAAUCACCAUAUUGCGCUGGCAUUUCAGCUGACCCUUCAAAACAGCGGUAAUAUCAACAUAUUUGCGCGUUUGACAAGGGAAGAAUUUGCUACGCUGCGACAAGCUGCCGUUGAAAUGGUUCUUGCCACUGACAUGAGCCGACAUUUCGAAUAUCUAACAAAAUUUCAACAAGCUGUAGCGAGCCUGAAGAAGCGGCGGACCAUCCCCUCUCGACUUGCAUUUUAUAUGAGUUUGCAGGAGAAUGAAGAGAAUGCGAAUAAUAUUUCAUUGACGAUCUGUCGGAUGAUGAUUAAAUGCGCUGACAUCGGAAAUCCCACCAGAGAAUGGUCGCUUUGCCAGAAAUGGGCGAUGCGCAUCGUCGAAGAGUACUUUGACCAGACAACCGAAGAGCGUGAGAAGGGAUUGCCGUUGACAAUGGAAUUGUUCGACCGCAAUGUUUGCAAUGUCCCGUUGACGCAGUGCGGCUUCAUCGACAUGUUUGCACGUGAAGCAUUUACAAGUUGGAGUGAAUUCUCGAACUUACCAGUACUACUUACGCAGCUGGAGGCCAACUACGAGAAAUGGCGACAGCAGACAGCCGACUGGGAUCCAGCAAGGAAUGCUAAUUUACGCGAUGAGCAGCGCCAGAGCUUACCCUGA